GCGUGACCGGGCUGACGGGCUCUGCCCUUAGAUGUAUGGGCGGCAGGAGGACGGCAGUGUGGACGAGGACGCCCUGUCCAGCAUCCUCAAGACAGCCCUGGGGGUGGCCGAGCUCCCCGUGACCCGCCUGUUCCGGGCCAUCGACGAGGAGGACAGAGGGCGGGUCACGUUCGAUGACUUCGCCAGUUUUGCAGAGAUGCACCCCGACUUUGCUGAGGAGUACCUGUACCCCACCCAGACGCAUUUUGAGAGCAGCUCACAGACGCCACCCCCCGCCCCAACCCCCAACGGCUUCUGUGCUGACUUCAGCCCCGAAAACUCGGACACCGGGGGUCCACCCCUCAGCAAGAAGCUGGACUAGGAGGGGCCUGCGGCGCCCCAACUGCGUGAGCCGGCGCACGCCUGCGUGGGCGCCCCACGGGCCCCCUGGCCACCGGCCGGCUGCCCACAGGGUCCGGCCAGGCCCCCUGAGCCACCGCCACAGCCGCGUGUCCCUCUGGCCGGGGCUGUGGUUUUUAAACGUUUCUACAUUUGUGGGCGCGCGUGAGUAUUUUAUAAACUUCAUUUAGAUACUUCGGGGAAAAUCCAGCAUUUUUUUUAGAAUGAAAAUUUUUUCUACUUCCUUUCUCCUCUGAGGGCCGGACGAUUCUAUUCUGGGCCUCCGUCAGCGGCGCGGAGGCCGGGGGCCCCCGCCCCGACGCCUUUUCCGCGUCCGGACCCUGCCCUGGGCCUGCGUAGGCCUCGCGGCCCGGUGUCCACUCUGCGUGACCGGCCUGCGCCGCUGUCAGGGCUGAGGGGCAGUGCCCCUGCCUUGCUGGGCUGACUGCGGUGAGUCUGGGCAGCGUCACCUGCUCUGGGGGCCCCGGGGCAGGCGACUGGCCCCAGCCUCGCGCGGCACAGAUGUGGCCGCUGGGGGCCCCGCCCCCACGGCAGCCGGGGCCCCCGGGCACAGUGUCCUGUGUCCCUCCGAGGGUCCUUUCUUGCACUUGGGGCGACUGAGUGACCCCCCAGCAGGGCCCCGGCCGGCACCCAGCGGGCCUGCCAGGCAAGCAGGUCAGAGGCCGCCCGGGCCGCCGGCGCUCGCGGAGAGCCCCCGAGGGCGCGGGCGGGCGGACAGGCCAGGAUGUUCCGAGGGCAGCGCCGGGCCGCACGUGACGGGCUUUCCCUGAAAUGCCGCCCCGCGUCUCCAGACGAGCCUCUGAUAGCAGACGGAACGGAUGUCUGU